GGCGGUGGCUGGCUGGCGCGUGCGCGGCAGGGCCGUUUGGGCUGCAGAGUGGCUGCCGCACAGUAACGGGAAGGGCGGCGCUCUGUGGCGGACGGCGGCGGUGGCUGUUUCCUCCGUUGGGUCUUGGUGGCUGAGGCCGUCGGGGCCAGGCUCAUCCAGCGCUGAGGCGGCGGCGCGGUCAUGGCGUCUUUCGUGGAGAGUUUCUGGGUUGUGGAAAAACUGAAUUCAGACUCAAGAGUUGCUGACAGGGCUACUUCAUUUCCAUGAGAACAUUGUACAUUUGUUUAGUUGCUGAUGAAGGGAAAUUGAAAUGAAACAUCAUCUAAAGGGGGAAAGGAACAAUGGCUUUGAUGUCCUCUAUCAUAACAUGAAACAUGGACAUCUAUCAACAAAAGAUCUAGCAGAUUUUAUAAGAGAAAGGGCUACAAUAGAGGAGGCAUAUUCAAGGUCAAUGACAAAGCUAGCCAAAUCAGCAAGCAAUUACACGCAGCUUGGGACAUUUGCACCAGUUUGGGAUGUUUUCAAAAUAUCAACAGAAAAAGUAGCAAGCUGUCACUUGGAGCUUGUCCGGAAAUUACAAGAGCUAAUAAAAGAAGUGCAGAAGUAUGGAGAUGAACAAAUCAAAGCUCAUAAAAAGACUAAAGAAGAAGUUUCAGGAACUUUGGAAGCAGUGCAAAACAUUCAGAGUAUCAUUCAGGCCCUACAGAAAUCAAAAGAGAACUACAAUACUAAGUGUGUGGAACAAGAACGUUUGAAAAAGGAAGGCGCAACACAAAGAGAAAUUGACAAGGCAUCAGUAAAAUCAAAGAAAGCUACGGAUACCUAUAAACUCUAUGUAGAAAAGUAUGCUGCAGCUAAAUCUGACUUUGAAAAGAAAAUGACGGAAACUGCACAGAAAUUUCAAGACAUUGAAGAAAUGCAUCUCCUUCACAUGAAAGAGAUUGUGGAAUCAUUGUCAAAUACUGUAAAAGAAAUUCAUUUACAAAUAGGCCAGGUUCAUGAAGAAUUUAUUAAUAACAUGGCAAAUACUACAGUUGAAAGUUUGAUACAAAAAUUUGCAGAGUCAAAAGGCACUGGCAAGGAGAGACCUGGCCUUAUCGAAUUUGAAGAAUGCAACACAGCUAGUGCAGUUGAAGGGAUCAAACCAAGGAAAAGAAAGGCAUUUGGUUUAUCAGGAAUAAUUAAGAAAGAAAAAGAUGCAGAAUCUGUGGAAUGUCCAGAUGCAGAUUCAGUUAACAUUCCUGACGUAGAUGACGAAGGGUACAGUAUUAAACCAGAAGCAAGCCAGAAUAUCAAAGAGAACCAUUUCUACUCAUCCAGUGAUUCUGACUCUGAAGAUGAUGAACCAAGGAGGUUCCAUGUAGAAAUCAAACCUGUACAGCCAAAUAAUAGCUCUCACUACACUAUGGCUUCAUUGGAUGAAUUAAAAGUAUCUAUAGGGAACAUCACUCUUUCUCCAGCAAUAUCUAGACACAGUCCUGCUCAAAUGAACAGGAAUUCACCUAGUGAAGAGUUAACAAAAUCAAAGCAUUCUGCUCCAUCUAAUGAGAAGGGGAACAAUGACCUCCUGGCAUGGGAUCUACCCUUUGUCACUUCUCUUGAUUCAUCUUCUUCAGCUUCAUUGACAUCCUCAGCCUCAUUAGCCAGGCCCACAACUCCUCUUUCUGUAGGAACUAUUGUACCACCUCCAAGGCCUGCUUCCAGACCAAAGAUAUCAACAGGGAAACUUAGUGGAAUUAAUGAAAUUCCGAGGCCGUUCAGCCCGCCCUUGACCUCUAACUCCAGUCCACCACCUAUAGCUCCUUUGGCACGUGCAGAGAGUAUCUCAUCAAUAUCUUCUUCGGCUUCUCUAAGUGCAGCAAAUACACCCACAGUAGGUGUUUCACGUGGUCCCAGCCCUGUCACCCUUGGAAACCAGGACACCCUGCCUGUUGCAGUAGCCUUUACUGAAUCUGUUAACGCCUACUUUAAAGGAGCAGAUCCUACCAAAUGUAUUGUGAAGAUCACUGGUGAUAUGACAGUGUCAUUCCCAAGUGGGAUUAUUAAAGUCUUCACCAGCAACCCAUCUCCAGCUGUACUCUGCUUCAGGGUAAAAAACACAAGCAAACUAGAGCAGAUUCUUCCAAAUGCACAACUUGUAUACAGUGAUCAGUCACAAAGUGACUCCAGUACAAAAGAUUUUUGGAUGAACAUGCAAGCUGUCACAGUCUACCUCAAGAAGUUAUCAGAGCAGAAUCCAUCUGCUUCCUAUUAUAAUGUUGAUGUUUUAAAAUAUCAGGUAUCUUCAAAUGGUAUCCAGUCCACACCUUUGAAUCUUGCAACGUACUGGAAAUGUAAUGCUAGCACUACUGAUGUAAGAGUGGAUUACAAGUACAACCCAGAAUCUAUGACUGUGCCUAGUAUGCUGUCUAACAUACAGGUUGUCGUACCGGUAGAUGGAGGAGUAACAAACAUGCAGUCACUUCCCCCUGCAAAAUGGAAUGCAGAACAGAUGAAAGCUUUUUGGAAAAUAUCUGGUAUUUCAGAAAAAUCAGAGAAUGGAGGUUCUGGAUCCCUAAGGGCAAAAUUUGAUCUUUUAGAAGGACCCAGUAAAGCAGCUACACUUGCAGUGCAAUUCAUUAGUGAAGGAAGCACCCUUUCAGGUGUAGAUGUAGAGCUAGUAGGCACUGGCUACCGGCUUUCCCUAGUUAAGAAGAGAUUUGCCACUGGACGAUAUAUGGCAGAUUGCUGAUGAACCUGUGGAAAUCAUUGAAUCAAAGGAGCAUAAGAAGCUAACUCUAUUUUCUCUACCUUUCAAACACUAUUUUAACAUGCAUUACUUUUUUUAAACUUUGACCUGUUUUACAAAAUAAAAAAAUGCACUUUUUUAAAGAAGUCAUUUUGGGGGAAAAAAUAUUACUUUAUAAUAGCACUGAAGUGAACUUCAACACUGUUUGUAAAUGAUCAACUGCAAUCUUUAGGGAACUUGUUUAUUCAGAUUUUAGUAAAUUUAUAUGAACUAAAUCAAAAUACUAAUCAUUAGCUAUAUUGAAAAUAUAUGAAACUAUAUUAUACUGUAAACAUUAAACUUAAAAAAGUAGGAGAGCAAGCACAAAAUAUUUUAGCUUUGCAUAAAUAAUAUUCAUAUAUAUCUGUGUCCUUAAUUGCCAUUGUGCAAAGCAAACAGAGGCAAAGAUAAUCUCUCCGCCCACUUAUGUUACAUUCAUGUGCUAUAAAAACAGUUGUUAGAAAGAGAUGUAUACAAAAAGUAUGUGAUUCCCAUGUACCAUAUAUUAAAGUGUAAAUUGUUUUAUA